AUGUCUUCCUCUCAAUACCCACCCGAGAAAACAGAAGAACAUCCUCCUCCCCAACCACCAAGACCAAAAGCCGCUGCAGGAGAUGCUCCAUACAUACAACACCAAUAUCCUCCUAUCCCAGUCCCACAAUCAAGCUACGACCAGCAAUAUCAGUCAGUUCCUCAAUCUGGCCCGGGAUAUCAGAAUUCUUCAAAUGUACCUCCACCUCAAUACAACCCAAUUGGAACAGAACCUCAAUAUCAAUUCCCGCCACCACCUACUGGUGGUGGUCCACCAGGCCAACAUCAUCAAGAACAGUAUCAGCCAACAACCUGGACACCUCAGUAUGAUGGACCACCUGUCAUGACUCCGGCAACGGGGAUAGCCACUGAUGGAAAUCAUCAUGGCAAACCUUCUGCUUGGGAUAAAACUAGAAAUACUAGUAAAGCAGGUUUCGACAAGCUGUGGAACGGUUUCGAGAAACUCGGAGUGCCAGUAAAUAAACUCACAAAUAAGAUUGGCUCAGAGGCUUUCUGGCCGCAAAGCUUGGAUAAGGAAAGUGAUAAAUGUGCACGUAUUUUGAAAUCAUUUUGCAAGGAUGGAUUCUACUCCGAGCGCCCAACAGACCCCUCCAGACCAAAAGACGGACCUAAAGGAAAACCAAAAGUCCUCGUCAAAAUCCCAACCAAAGUAAUCAAAAACGCCGUCGCCCUCGCAAUCUUCACCACCAUGCGCACCGGUCUCUGGGUUUCCGGCGCCGGCGGCUCAGGUGUCCUGAUAUCUCGUCUCCCAGACGGCAGCUGGUCACCUCCUAGCGGUCUACUUAUCCACACCGCAGGCGUUGGAUUCAUGGCAGGCAUCGAUAUUUACGACUGCGUACUCGUGAUCAACACCCCCGAAGCCCUCGCGGCGUUCAAAAAAGUGCGACUUUCCCUCGGCGGAGAGAUCUCACUUGCAGCUGGCCCGAUCGGUAUUGGUGGACUCGGCGAGUACGAUCUGGGCGACCAGAAGAAUCGCAAGCCGGUGUGGACGUAUAUGAAGAGUCGUGGACUCUACGCCGGAGUGCAGAUAGAUGGGAGUAUCCUGAUUGAACGCAAUGAUGAGAAUGCGAGGUUCUAUGGGGAGAGGGUGCCCGCGAGUGAUAUUUUGGCGGGGAAGCUGAGGAGUGUGCCGGAGAGUACGAGAUUGUUGAUGGAGGUGCUGAAGGAGGCGGAGGGGCAGAGGAAUGUUGAUCAGGGGAUUCUAGGGCAGGUGCAUGAGGUGCCGCCGCCGGGGGAUAUGUUGCUUGAGAAGGGGGCGGAGCCGACUAAUGAUCAGAAGGAGCAGUUUGGUGGGGUUAGGUAUGGAUGA